AAAGCAAAGUCAUUAAUCGAAUUACAAACAAAGUAGUUAAAAGCAAAAAAGAAAAAGAAAAAGCAAAAAAGAGAAAGAUAAAAACAGAGAAACACUCAGAAAGAUUCUUCAUUCAUUUAUAUAGUUAAUACUUCACUUUAAUCAUGUUGACUGCUUUCUUUUAAACUAUACAAAUCUAGAUUGAGAUCAUACAAUGUUAACUCCACAAUGUCUCUAAUGAGUUCUCCUUCCACCUACAGACCUAUAGCACAUAAUGACUCCAUUGUUUCAUGGUCCUGUUCUUUGUAUACCUUGAUACUACUUAUAUUAUCCAUUCCAUUUCUAAGCUUCACAUCAGCUCAAUCAAGCCUCUGCAGAACCUCUUGUGGUGAAAUUCCAAUCAACUACCCUUUCGGCAUUGAUGAUGGCUGUGGCAGCCCAUACUACCGCCACAUUCUCGUCUGCUCCAACUCGGGACAACUUGAGCUUAGGACCCCUUCCGGGAGAUACCCUGUUCGGAGUGUAAGUUACUCAGAUCCUCACAUUCUAGUCACUGAUCCUUUCAUGUGGAAUUGCCUAGAUGGCGAUAACUUUCGUCCCACACGGCCAUUUAGUCUAGACACUAGCACUCAUUUCUCACUCUCCCCUCAAAAUGACUACCUCUUCUUUAAUUGUAGUGGAGAUAAAGUGAUCAUUGAGCCUAAACCAAUCUUCUGCGAGCGCUUCCCUGAGCGGUGUGAUUCAUCGUGUGAUAGUGCUAGUUAUCUUUGCAGGCACUUGCCAGAAUGUGCUUCUGCUUUGGGUGCUAGUUCUUGUUGUUCUUACUACCCCAAAGCAACCGAAUCUCUGAGAUUGAUGUUGAAGUAUUGUGCGACUUAUACUAGUGUGUAUUGGAAAAAUAUUGGUAUGAAUCCUCCUCAUGAUCAGGUCCCCGAGUAUGGUAUUAAGGUUGAUUUUGAUAUUCCGGUGACCACCAGCUGCCUUCAGUGUCAGGACACCACAAAGGGGGGUGGGACAUGUGGAUUCGAUACACAAACACAGAAUUUCUUAUGUCUAUGCAAGGAAGGAAAUUUCACCACUUACUGCAAAGAUCCUAAAAUUUCUCGGCAUGGUAAAAAUAUUGGAGUUGUUGCAGGGACCAUAACAACAGUUUCAGCUGCUGGAGCUAUUGGAAUUGGAGCUGGUAUAUGGUACUUGAGAAGAGUGAGGGCAAAAGCACCGGUUACACAUGGAGUUCAAAGCAAUGAGAAUAGGCUCUUUUGAGGAACAUCAAUUAAAGUGAAAUCAAGCGUCUCUGUUUCCUUUUCUUUCUUUAUCACUAGAAGGUACUUUUUGCUGUUCAACAAGCCAGUUUGAUGACUUACACCUUCCUUAAUGAGACGUUAAGAAAA